ACAAAAAAAACACACGUUGUUUAUGGUGUCAAGAACAGUGUGAACUGCGAUGUGAAUGUGAUUUGCACUGCGAUUUUGCGAAUUUUAUCUUGUGAAUUUAGUAAAUGGUGGAAUUUUGUUAUGUUUUGUAAUGUCGUGACAGUGAAAUAAAAUGCAGUUCUACAAAGAGAGAAUACUCAAUGCUGCCCAGUUAAAAAGACUAAGUGAACACAAAUAUUCUUGUACGAGUGCCAGUAUAUUAGAUGCAUGGCUCCAGCCGUGGUGGUGCUGGCUAGUGUCUAAAACGCCGUUAUGGCUCGCGCCGAAUCUCAUCACAAUAUUAGGUUUAAUAGUAAAUAUAGUCACCACACUUAUACUAGUUUGGUUCAGUCCAGACGCGCGGCAGGAGCCUCCACGAUGGGCCUGCGCCCUCUGCGCGCUUGGAGUGUUCAUCUACCAGAGCCUGGACGCCAUCGACGGCAAGCAGGCCCGCCGGACCGGCAGCCAGUCGCCGCUCGGAGAACUCUUCGAUCAUGGCUGUGACAGCAUAUCUACAGUCUUCAUAGCGCUAGGGGCUUGCAUAGCCGUCAAGUUAGGGGAGUACCCUACUUGGAUGUUCUUCCAGUGUUUCUGCGCAAUGACGCUGUUCUACUGCGCUCACUGGCAGGCGUACGUAACAGGCACGCUCAAGAUGGGCAGGAUAGACGUGACGGAGGCCCAGUACUCCAUCAUGGGCAUCCACCUCGUGUCCGCCAUCCUCGGCCCCAGCUUCUGGGCCACUCAGGUGGGCGCGCUGGAAGUGCGGUACUCGCUGGCGCUGGUGGCCGUGGGGGGCGCGUUCCUCACGGUGGGCGCGCUCGUCGCCGCCAUCGUCUCCGGCGGAGUGGGCAAGAACGGCUCCACCGUCGCUUUACCGAUAAACAUCACUUUGAAUCUGGUAUCCAACUACGCGGUGGUGAUACUCACCACGUACCUAGUCGUCGGUUACGUUACCGUCAUUAUGAAGGGUGGCGUGGGGAAAAACGGCUCCACAGUGGCAGGUACGAGCAUCCUGUCUCCGGUGAUCCCGUUCUCGCUGGUGGUGGUACCGGCGUUCAUCAUCUUCCAGAAGAGCGAGUCGAAUGUGUACCAGCAUCACCCGUCGCUUUACAUACUGGCUUUCGGCAUGGUCGCAGCUAAAGUCACCAAUAGACUCGUGGUGGCGCAUAUGACCAAGAGCGAAAUGGAGUAUUACGACUGGUCGCUACUGGGUCCCGCCAUGUUGUUUCUCAACCAGUACUUCAACCAUGCGCUGCCCGAGUACUAUGUACUGUGGCUAUGUACGAUAUGGGUAUGCGUGGACCUGGUGCGGUACUGCGGGCAGAUCUGCCUGGAGAUCUGCGCGCACCUGCGCAUCCAGCUGUUCCGCAUCACGCCGGCGCCGGCGCCCGCCGCCACGCACGCCGCCAACGUAAUAACGAGUGAGAGUGAAAAGUCGGACGCCGAAGAUAUUAUACCAUUAAUAAAUAAUAAUUCUAUUAGUUAAUUUAGAAGUAUUCCUAAUUAAUAUAAGUUUAUUGACCAGAUAAUUUAUGUGUUAUAUUUAAGGUGACGGGAGGCUGAAAAUAGAGGAAUUAUGUGAAUAAUUUCCUCAAUUUAGAAGUACAAUACCUAUGUAUUAGAUAAAUCACAAAUAGAUCAGAAAUAUUUUUUCCUCCGAGUUCAGUAUUAACGUUUCCUGUUGACACCGGUCCGUUCUACAAGUAUUAGCCGAAUAAAUUAGCAUGUAUAACAUAUUGUAAUAUGAGCAUUUUGAAUGUCUUCGUCUGAAGUGUCUUACUAUAGUAUUAUUACAAAGAUAUUAAACAACCAAGUUAAGUUCGUAAAUUAUUAAAUCGUAAAUCAAUUCGCAAAUAAAGUGAGUUAAUAAUA